AUGCAAUCUUCGUUUCCAGAAAAAGUUUUGACCAUAACAUGUGCAGUGUUGUGUUCUGCUAUUGUCGCUGUCCUUUUCGGCAUGAAGGCUUCCCGAGUAAACAGUCUUCGUGCACUAAACUAUGCCCACUUGCUCGUGUUCUCACUCUACAUGACAUCAUGGGUGUUUGCAUCAACGGCGGCUCUCUUUCUCGCCAUAUUAGCCAUGACCCCGACAUUUACUGUAAUAUCGGAUCUCACUUCAUCAACUGUAUGGUUUACCGACAGCCAUGGUGCUAGCCAAGUAAUUCAAACUAAUGACCUAGCUGGUCAAGACGAGAGUAUCGUUCUCGCAAGGCAAGAGAGAUCCACGUACGAUACAAUGUGUAAUUUGAGCAUUCUCCUCUGCGUGUUCAUGUAUACGAGUGCAAAGUUGAUGUUGUAUCUGUUUCUUGCUGAACGAGUACACAUUGUAAGAGACAGCAGGAUUGCAAGGAAGGAUAGCUUUUUAUAUCGAGUGAAUAUGCUUCUUCUCAUCCCAUAUGCUGGUAUAACAGCCGGAAUGUAUAUCCAACGCAUAACAAGAUUUUCUCCAGCGCCGGACCAGUGCGAGAUUGGCAUUGAGCUUCCAACAUUGCUCGUCCUUCUUUCCUACGACACUGCCGUCUCCAUCUACUUGACCGUUCUCUUUAUCCAACCUCUCGUUCGAGUCAACUACAAGAAUCAACAUCGAUUCCUCUACGUUGCAAAGAGGACUUUAAUCGGGGCUAUAAUCUCUCUAACAAUUUCGAUUUUAAAUGUCGUAGUCCUGGUCAUUGCCAACGGUGUCGAACAAGGCCACGUAUGUCUAGCUAGUUGUAUUCUCGAUGUAACAUUGAAUACGCUGAGCGUACAUUGGGUCACGAGUAAUGCGAUCAGAGGUCGAAAUCCAAGCGAAGAAGAUGAUAUUGACGUUGCCGGAAGUUUAAAAUUGACUGAUAGGAGUUUUCAUCAAAGCACAAUCGUUGGAGGUGAUGGAGGAGACAGGCUCGAUAAUGAAGAAUUGCGGACUGCUGUUGACUCGAGAGUAGGCAACGGUCCCAACUCUGCGAAACGAUCAACUACCAAUGGAACACACGUUAAUUGCGACGCGUUCGAUUGUCCUGUAUGUAAGCGAAGUGGAAGUUCAGGAAGAGAUACAUUGUCGACAUUAGUUGGCAGUGAUGGACAACGGAUACCAGGAAACACCCGAUGA